AUGUCGGCUACAUCUUCAACAGCGGCGAUGAUUAUUAAAAAGCGUACAAAGCGAAAACGUAAAACCAAAAUAUUAUCAGCACAAACUUGUGAAACCACAACAACGCCCGCAGAUGAACAACAACGAUCAUGUUCUAAAAACGAUUCGUGCAACAACAAAGUGUUUUCGGUCGAUCGGUAUGAUGAAACCAUUGAAAUAGUUGCUUCGGCUAAGUUGAAACAAUUUUGUGAUCGUACUCAACAUGAAAUAGCAGUAUUGAGAACCUACGACGUUGUCACUUCUGGUUCGAAGCAAAAAUUGGUGAAGACUUUGCAAUCAACAAAUGGACUUAUUUUACAAUAUUAUGUUGCAAUUGAUGAGAUAUAUGAAGUUAUUAAAGAAGCUCAUGAAGCAACUGGAUAUCGUGGUUUGAAAAAAUACUCGUAUUGA